UCUCCUUCUUCCACCACUGAAGAAGGGAAAGAAAGCUGAGAGGAGCCUUGCACCAUGCUGGUCUGGCUAGGUAUCCCCUGUAUUAACGGAGAGUAAAGAAGCCUAUGACUAGCAAACACACACAAUUCUCAUCGAAGCCCUUGGGAUCUUCUCGUCGGAUUGGGGCACGAUACGUAGGUCUAGGUGCCGUGAGAGUGAGGCGUCUCUUCCCGUCCCACUACUCAACCGUCUUAACGGCUAUAUUCCAACGAAGAGUCAUCGGUGCCCUUGCGUACCUUCUCUUAGAUUCUUUUCGUUGCUGUACACAUUAUUUUAGUGGUCAAGGCAGUGUCUGCUGAGUUGAUAGUACUCGACCCGACCGUCAUCGCGCUUCGACCCACGUCGAUUUGACAGCACACUGACCGCCCAAGUUACAGCCUGGUUGAUUCAACUCCCCCCUUAUAUCCUCGACACUUCCGAAGCAUCGAUGAACAGGAUAACGAUGGAUCAGUUUCAGCUUGAUGAGUCGUCAAACUGGAGGAGAACUUCUGAUGACCUCCCAGAACAACUCUUUCCCAUCGCAGCCCACACGAACUCCACCCGAGGUCGAGACAUGCCAACCCUACGGCAUCAGCAAGCACCAAUGCAACCACAGCACAUCACAACAUCGAGUGGAGUGCCUGUUCGUACUGUUACUAUAGCUGCCCCUGCUCAGAGACAACCCCCCUCCAUAGUGCCAACAACUUUCGGCGGCAACCAAGGGUACACAUCGAGUCACGCAAACAUGGUGAUACGCACGCCCGAUCCCCCGCCCCAGGGACAGUUCAGACUAUCCCCAGCAAUGGCACCAGUGACGCAUUGGUCAACCCAGGUGUGCCAUGAGUGGGGAGGUCCAAAUCGUGUGCAAGGAGCCAACGAUGCCCGGGAUGGAUCUGGCCUGGCACCUGAUCCCUCUAGGUUGCAACCAUCCAGCCAUGGUCAUCAUGAGAUCCACCCCGUCCUACCUGAAUGGGGUCCAGGUCAUGAUCACAAUAGCUUCCAUGACUACGACUACCACUCGCUCCAGGCAGAAGAUAACGGAGCGUCUAGUGUUGGACCCGGAUCAGCACUCAGUACGAACAUCUCGUCUCCAUCGACUUGGGAGAUGGGUGAUAGCCCAGCGGCUACUAGGCUAGGCUACUUUGGUGAACAUGCUUCGGGUCCUCGGAUUCUUGACAGUACGCAGUAUCUUCAUUUGCCUGUCCAUGAUGGGGCACCUCAGGCUUCGGUUCCCCAGAGUCAACCGAGUGGAGUGUCGUCGAAUAGCAUGAGUUCUCAAAGGCGAUACUCGAACCCGUCACUACCUGUGAGGAACCGUGGACGCAGGAUACGAUCACCAACCGGCCAUGAGAUGGGAUCCCGUGCGGCAACAGCCUCUCCACUUGCCUCCAGAUCCGUGCAGGAUGAAGUCAUCGUUUGCGGUAUCGAUGGAUGCACAACUACCUUCACCAAAGGAUAUCGGCGCGGCAGUCACGCUCGUCAUAUGCGCUCGCAUCACGAUAACGAAGGACUUCUUUGUGAAGCGGGCUGUGGGAGAUGUUACAAAAGGUCCGAUGCACGCCUGAAGCACUACCGAAAGCACCAUCCCCACCUCGCAUCUCCGUCGAAGCCUCGAAAGUAAUGUCAACUCGAUGGACGGAGGUGCCGGCUGACACCCAGGGAGAUCGAAGGCGCCGAUCAAGCCAUCCUUGGAUACACAGGCGGCAGAAUCCACAUCUUCCACGGCAACAAGC